CAUUCAGCACAAGCAAAUUAUUCUAUUCCCCAGCUUAAUAAAUCAAUUAAUGGCUAACAGAGGAACGCAACUGAUUUUGGUCAUCAGCCUGUUCAGUUGCAGUAUAUGUGUUAGCUCAGCUGGAGUAGAGACAGACACGUUAUUACCAGGUCAAGAGCUGAAGGAUUCAGAGUUGGGGUAUCUGGUGUCCGCUCGCGGGACGUUCAGGCUGGGUUUCUUUAGUCCAGGGAAGUCCAAUAAUCGCUACUUAGGGAUGUGGUACAAUCAGGCUGAACCUGCAGAUAGGAGGGCCGUGUGGGUUGCCAAUAGGAACAGCCCAUUAUUUGAUAAAUCUGGGAUCCUAAUCUUAGAUGAAGUUGGCGGUUUGGAAAUCCUGCAUGGCGCAGGCAGUUCGUUUGUAUUAUCUUCUGCUCAAACAGCUGGUAAUGUAAGUGCUACGCUACUCGAUUCUGGUAAUUUUAUUCUCAAGGAUGGUUCCACUUAUCGGAUAUUGUGGCAAAGCUUUGAUUAUCCUACAGACACGCUUCUUCCAGGCAUGAAACUUGGAAUUAGCUUGAAAACUGGGCACAGAUGGUCACUAACAUCGUGGAUCAGCGAUGACGUUCCUGCAACUGGGUCUUUUACCCUGGGCGGAGACCCAAGCGGUGCAUCCCAAUUAUUCAUGACGUGGCAGGGAAGACUCUAUUGGAUUAGCGGGGAUUGGCGGAACCGCAGCAAACAUUUUGAUUUCGCCACAAUGUUGUCCUAUGAAUCUGACCACGACUUCAGCUACACUGAAAAUGAGGAUGAGAGGUAUUUCUCGUUUUCCAUGGAAAAAAACCACACCGAGUCAAGAUAUACGAUCACUUCUUCAGGUGAAAUCCUGGAGAGGUUAGGAGCAGCACCUUUUGGGCGAUGCGAUUCAUUCCGACUCUAUAUGAACCUUCCCGUCGGAUGCAUAAGGCAAACAGAGCCCAGUUGCGGCAGUCAUUUUGUCGAACCUUCUAGGCUCCACAACGCCUCCUUUAAAGGCAUAGUAAAGUUUGGAGAAUAUUCCAAUCUCAGUCUUUAUGAUUGUAAAGCCAAUUGCUAUAGUCAAUGUUCCUGUGCCGCAUUUGCUUAUGAUAACCAAACCGCCAGUUGCGACGUCUGGAGCAGAGGACCGAGUUCCGAAAGCUACCCCGAUUUUUAUAAAGAAACGCGACAGCUUUACUUGGUGUUCGUGGACAAUCAGAGUGAAGGAUCGCCAAUAUUCACAAUCGUUGUAGUGAUUCUAUUCGGGGUCUCUAUCCCAAUCAUUUCUGUUCUCUUCGCAGAAGUACUUCUUAGAUGCUGCAAAGCGGAGGAAACAGAAGUAGAGAUGCUGUUAAAUGAGCUAGGAGGCAACGACAGAAAUAAAGAGGGCAACAGAAACCGUGACUUGCAAUUUUUCAGUCUUGAAACAAUGGUCCAUGCCACCAACAACUUUGCAGCCACGAACAAACUUGGAGAAGGCGGGUUUGGAUCCGUUUAUAAGGGGAAAUUACCCAGUGGUCAAGAAGUAGCCGUAAAAAGGCUUUCAAGCAAUUCUGGGCAAGGACUUACAGAAUUCAGAAACGAAGCCGUUUUGAUUGCAAAGCUGCAGCAUACGAAUCUUGUUAGGCUUGAAGGUUGCUGCCUUGAGAGAGAAGAGAAGAUGCUGAUCUAUGAGUACAUGCCGAAUAAAAGCUUGGAUUUUUUCCUCUUCGAUCCCCAACAAAAGAAAAUCUUGAAUUGGGAAAAACGUUAUAAGAUCAUCGAGGGUAUUGGUCAAGGGCUUCUUUAUCUCCACAAAUAUUCAAGAUUGAAAGUUAUCCACAGAGACCUCAAGGCUAGCAACAUUUUACUUGAUGAUGACAUGAAUCCUAAAAUAUCAGAUUUCGGCAUGGCUAGAAUUUUUAACCACCCCGACUCUGAAGCAAACACCGGGAGGAUAGUUGGAACAUACGGUUAUAUGUCUCCAGAAUAUGCAAUGAAUGGCAUUUAUUCGACAGGAUCAGAUAUGUUCAGCUUCGGGGUUUUAUUGCUGGAGAUUGUAACUGGUAGGAAGAAUAAUAGUUUCCAUCGUGCCAGUGGACCUCUCAGCCUUGCAGCAUAUGCAUGGGAGGUAUGGAAUGAGGGCAGAGCUUUGGAGCUAAUUGACCCAUCAUUAGAGGAGUCGUAUCCAAAGGAUGAAGUGGUGAGGUGCAUAAAUGUGGGUCUCCUAUGCGUACAAGACAACCCAGUUGAUAGACCAACCAUUGUAGAUGCCUUAACCAUGAUAUACACUGAAGGCAGUCAACUACCUACGCCCAAACCACCAGCAUACUGCUUUUACUGGAACAGGGACGAGCCAGAGAUAGUGGAAUGCGUCUUGGAGAUUGGUUCUCCAAAUAAUGUAUCAAUUACGGAGUUGGAAGCCCGAUAAGAAGAGCAACGUUCUUAAACCAA